ACUGUCCGGCAUGGACGGCCAAACAAAGGUGGAGCGCAGCUCGUACUACCCCCAGCAGCCGAGUCGACUGCCCCGCAGCGCCCGUGAAAAAAUGACCGGUUUCCUGAAGCACAACGCGUUGACGAUGCUGACCGUCUCGGGCGUGGUGUCGGGCAUCGCUCUCGGCCUCGUGUUGAAAAACUCGCGGAGCGCCAAGUGGUCCGAGCGCGAGAUCAUGUACAUCAACUACAUCGGCGAGCUCUUCCUCCGGAUGCUCAAGAGCUUGAUACUGCCCCUCAUAAUGGCCAGCCUCAUAUCCGCCAUCGGCUCGCUCGACUUGUCCCUCAGCAGCAAGAUCGGCGGUCGGGCCAUCGUCUACUACAUGCUCACCACCGUUAGUGCCGUUAUACUGGGUUCGUACGAUGCUUUUCCGAUACGAUAUAUACCAAUGUUUCACUGUUUUGCACUAGAUUCAACGUCAUGUACCCACUGCCAAGAAUUUUACGCAUCCCAAGAUCAACGUCGUCUUAUCAUUUUCCCUUCUCUUUUCCCAACAACGAUGAAUUGCGCUACUUAUUGGUCCAUUUGUAGUAUUACCGCAACCGCGGCGAGUAUCGGUGCUGCCGGUAUCCCUCAAGCCGGCCUGGUCACGAUGGUCAUGGUGCUGGACACCGUUGGACUUCCAUCUGGGGAUAUUUCUUUGAUCCUUGCCAUCGAUUGGCUGCUGGACCGGUGCAGAACGACUGUCAACGUAGUGGGCGACUCGUUGGGCGCCGGUAUCGUCAACCACCUCAGUAGAAACGAGCUCGCGGCGCUUCCGCAUCACACCGGCCAGAGCCAGAGCCAGAACGGCGGAGGAGGCGACAACAACCACGCAACGUCGAUAUGAGACGAUGCCCCCACGGAGCUGUAAACUAAAUCCGAGAACUACAGCUGCGGGAAAAAAAAUUAUAAGUGUCGAGCGAGAGAUAACUCGAGCAAAAUAUAUAUAUAUAUAUAUACACAUAUAUAUUAUUACCUACAAAUAGGAGCGUGUCAAGCGCGCGCGUUUUGUUGCUGCGGAACUUUGUAUUGGGUGUUGGAGAAGAGAGGCGGUUUCCACUUGUGAGAAAUCGGCGAGUCAUUGUUUUAGAGAAGAAAAAAAGGGACGAUUUUUCGUAUUAUAAAAAUACAGCUGUUUUUUGUUUUGUUUCAUUGUAGAUGUACACCAUGGUAAUUCAAUUGCAGGGUUUUUGUUGCCUAUAGAUUUUUUUUUUUCAACUAUACUAAGAAAAACAGUAUACAUGUGUUAUAGAGACAAUACGUAAAAUAUAAAUAUAUAAUCCCGAGCGAGUCAGUUUGGGGAAGUUAACCAAGUAUGCCAAAUAAAGAAUGAGCAACAAAAAAAAAUGAUGCCAACGCACCAUUGAAGGUGCAUUUCCCGAAUACGCUUUUACAAUUUGUUUCGUGCCAUAUAUACAUAUAAAACCUGUACAUCGUUCGCACAUUGUUGAUUGAUUUUGAAUAUUUUUCGAGUUAUUUAUACAUUGUUCAAAUUAAUUUAACACAAUUUAUUCUAGUUAAGUAUGCAUAAUUUAUUUUACUUACAAAUCGACAACGAUCGGAGACUUUAAAAAUAUUAUCAUCAACAUAUAGUGUAAAUAACAGUUUGAUUAGACGGAUUUAUUAAAAUUGCUUAACAAAAAAAAAAAAAAGAUUUUAUUUUCCAAUAAUCGGUACAUCAUGAAAAUAUUUCACUAGUUUGUGAUGUAUAAAAAGUGGAAUCUUUUUUUUUUUAAUUCUAGUUUAA